AAAGAUUUCUCUAGAUUUUUGUCCAAGACACCGUCGACUUUACUAGUUAGCUCCUUCCUUGCUCAGAUUUCUUCUCCGUUAGGAAAACUCCCAAAGUUUCACUCUGUAAACCCUAAAUCUUCCGAUGUCGAUCUUCGAGUACAAUGGUAGUGCCGUCGUAGCUAUGGUGGGGAAGAACUGUUUCGCUAUAGCUAGUGAUCGAAGGCUUGGUGUGCAACUACAGACCAUAGCCACCGAUUUUCAGAGAAUCUCCAAGAUCCACGAUCAUCUCUUCAUCGGACUUUCUGGUCUCGCCACCGAUGUCCAGACAUUGUACCAGCGACUUGUAUUUCGACAUAAGCUAUAUCAGCUUAGGGAAGAAAGAGACAUGAAGCCAGAAACUUUCGCUAGUCUUGUAUCUGCCAUUCUUUAUGAGAAAAGAUUUGGCCCGUACUUGUGCCAACCUGUGAUUGCUGGAUUAGGAGACGAUAACAAACCCUUCAUUUGCACUAUGGACUCUAUUGGAGCCAAGGAAUUAGCUAAAGAUUUUGUUGUCUCUGGAACUGCUUCAGAAUCGCUAUAUGGUGCCUGUGAAGCCAUGUUCAAACCAGAUAUGGAAGCUGAAGAAUUGUUUGAGACAAUUUCACAAGCACUUCUCUCUUCAGUUGAUCGUGAUUGUCUUAGUGGGUGGGGAGGACAUGUCUACGUUGUAACACCAAAUGAAAUCAAGGAGAGAAUUCUCAAGGGAAGGAUGGAUUGAUCUGAAAUUACAUAUCUGCCUUUGUCAUCCUAAGUUCAGUUUACCCCUUUAUUCAGUUCAGUAGAAGAACCCUCUCGUCUCAUAGUCACUGUUAGUUCUCUGAUAUUGUGGGUUCCUUCUUUUGGAUGUUUUUAUUUACAUGGAUAGAGUUUGAAAAAAAUGAUGAAUAGCACUUGUCGUCUUGUUCCAAUACUCAGAACAUUCAAUGUACCUUAUUGUUGCUGGUUUGAAUGAGUACCAAGUUUUCCAGAUCUA